CCCCGUCGUCCUCCAAAACCCUAGAAACUCUCCAUCGAGAGCUAGAAUCAGCGAGCCUCCGAUGGCCGGAGAACUUGUCGGCGGCCACCAUACGUCGUCUGUGAAUCCUAGAAUCACCUGGGAAGGCUGCAGCGUCCUUCUCGACAUCAAUGACGGUGAUCGGCUCGUCUUCGCUCGCCUCUCCCCCGCCGCGACUCUGAAGAUUGGAGAUAAGAAGUGCUCUCUGAGGCCUUUGAUUGGAUGCCCUUUUGGUUCGCUGUUUCGAGUUGAGACUGGCCCUAAUGGCCCUCAUCUGGAGCGUUGCGUCCAUUCACCUUCGGGUGCUAAUGAUAUGGGCGUGCAAGAAGGAGGUGAUAGGCAAUUAGAGAGCGAGUCAAAGGAUAAUCGAGCUUUGAUUGAUAAUAAUUCAGCACAGAAUUUGUCUUCUGAAGAUAUAGAUGCAAUGCGUAGAGAUGGUGCAACUGGUGAUGAAAUAGUUGAAGCUCUUAUAGCUAACAGCUCAACAUAUGAGAAUAAAACAGUAUUUUCACAAGAAAAAUACAAGCGUAGGAAACAGAAGAAAUAUGCACCUAAGGUCCUCCUUAGACGGCCAUUUACUCGAAGUAUAUGUGAAGCAUAUUUCAAGAAAUAUCCAAAUCGAAUAGGGUUUCUAAGAAUAGACACACUUUCUCUUUUGCUUUCGUUUGCUAAUAUUAGUGCUUAUUCUGAUGUCCUUCUUGUGGAUAUGGUUGGUGGGUUGCUUACUGGUUCUGUAGCUGAACGACUUGGAGGUACAGGAUAUGUGUGUAAUACCUAUUUUGGAGGAACAUCUCACUCUCUGGAUAUAGCAAGGAUAUUCAACUUCUCUAGUGAAUUUGACAGCAGAAUUGUUCAAGCUUCUUACUCUCAUCUCUGCUCAGUUGAGAGCCUUGAUGAGGAACGUAGCAAAAUGCAUGAAAUUGAUCACCCUGCAGGAAUCCAAUCUAUAAUUGGGAGAGAGUCCUCGACUAAAUGUGAUCCAUCAACAGGUUCUACACAGAUUCAGGAAGUGCAGUCUUUACGAAAUGAUAAUUCUUCUCUUGAUGAAGAAUUAGGUAAUACCAAAGAAAAUCUGUCCUCGGGGCAAGAAGGCUUGCAUGAGAACAAUGCUACGAUAACUUAUAAAGCAGUUAAUCCAGGAAAACAGGCGUCACCAGAUGCCAUCAAGAUGUGGAAGGAAAAAGGUUUUAAUAGCUUAAUAGUAGCUGCGCCCGAGUUGGAGGUGGAUAGCAUAGUUCAAAAACUUGUACCUCUUUUAUCAUAUUCUGCACCCUUUGCAAUUUACCAUCAAUACCUUCAGCCUCUUGCAACAUGCAUGCACAAAUUACAGUCAUCAAAAAUGGCAAUAGGAUUGCAAAUCUCAGAGCCUUGGUUACGAGAAUAUCAGGUUCUCCCUUCUCGCACUCACCCGCAAAUGCAGAUGAGUGGUUUUGGUGGUUAUAUUUUGAGUGGGACUAAGAUAAGCAACAACAGUGAAGAUUGCAAUGGAAACCAAUAACUACAAUCAAAUACUCGGCGAUCUCACUUAUUGUUAAACAUAAACAGAGAAUGACAUAAUCGUCCCAGAUAACUAAUAAUGAAGCUGUCAAUGGGGAGCAAGCACAACCACGAUCCAUCGGUUCUCUGUUACGUGACAACUCUUGUAUUUUUUUCCCCUAAUGUUUUCCCAUUAUUAUCUUGUAUCGGAAUAGAAUAAUGUCGAUACGUUGAGCUUGUGUUUGAAGACGCUGUAACUUGUAAUAUCUAAAAUUUAUGUUUUAUUGUUGAA